CCACAAGAUGGCGGCCGCCGCCGCUCCACUGCCGCCGCCAGGGGCGGGCGACGCACAUGCGCCGAGCGGCCGCCGGGCGCGGAAACUAGGGGUGCCGCCGUCCCGGAGCUGCAGCCCGUCAGGUUUAAGAGGCCUAAAGCUUCACUAGAACUGUAAAUAGAAUGGACAGUUAUUUUAAAGCUGUAGUCUGCGACUUGGACAAGCUCCUUGAUGAAUUUGAACAGAAUACAGAUGAAUGUGACUUCUACAGAACACCUCAGCCUCAAAAUCCACAUGAGUUGAAACACCAUUCAUUUUCUUCAGAUUUGGAUCGCUUACAACAUGCAUAUCCAACACCCAAACUGCAAGAGGAUGCUUGUAUGGCAUCAGAAGAAAUCUCUCUUCAUUUUGUCCAUAGUGGACCAAAUGAAGGGAUUCUGAAUUAUUCAUCACAAAAUGAGAAGAGUGUUGCUGGGCCUGAUCUUUUGUCCACUGUAGACAGCAGUUCCUCAAAAGAAAUUCAGGCUUCCACCCCAGGAAGGUGUAGUAUACCUGUGUGUGAUCUUGUUAAUGACACAGGUAACUUGAUUCAUUCAGCAGGUUCCAAUGAAGAUAAUCAAAAGUUGCAGCCAUGUGACUCUCAGCCCAGUGAAGACUGUUUGAUAGGCUUUGGCAUGUCUUGCAUACCUGUUCCUGUUUGUGUAUCUUCAACAAGUUGCAACAAUGGUGUAUCAAGUACAGAACAGUGUGAUGGGGACUCAAUGCUACAAGAUUCAGAACACCUUAAAGUAGAGGAGAGUAGCCCAUUACCUUUAGAAUCAGAUGUUUUUGCUAAAGCAAUGAUCUCAGAGCCACAUGGUGAGCCACACAGAACAGAAUCUUUAAAGUGCAGUGAAGCAUUUGAUCAGCCAGAACAAACUGCUUGCCUUAAUACUGCAUGUGUCUCUGUAACAUCACAGAGUUCAAAUGUAUACAGUCCCAAAGAUGAGACAGUAUAUGGAAAAUUGCCUGGUGAGCCAGAAAAUGAAAGUGCAUGCUCUGCAGUGAGCAAAGAGAUGUAUAGAGGAAAUGCCCUAGAAGAUGAAGACUCAAAAGAUCAGAGUACAGUUGAAUCCAUGCCUACAGAUCUGCCAAAGAGGCCUCAGUUGCACAAAAGCCAUGCAACAUUACCUGGAAGUUGUGUUUUACCAGGCUCCACAUAUCAAACAAGGGCUAAAGUAGCCUUAGAAGAGGAAGUUACAGAGAAUGUAAAUAGUGAAGAACUUGCUGGCAGUGAAAUACUAAGCAGUGUUUCACCUUCGUGUGUAUCAGUCAAGGAUGUCCAGACAUCGCUGUCUGUGUCUGAACGUGGUUCAUCAGUUGUAACAGAAGAAGUUAAUCCUCUACCUCAGAAUGAAAUGGUGGAUGUUAUUAGUGACAGUUUAACUAUUCAUGCUGGGAAUUCUAAAACUAAUGUCUCUACUUGUGAAUCCUGGAAAGAGGCUGACUUGCAUGAACAGGAAGAAUAUUUACCUAAAAUCAACCAAAGUGUUGUGGAAAAGAGUGCAGGUGUAGAGAUAUGUGAUGCUGAGAAUGCAAUUGAUGACAGUGAUUCUGAGCAAAUCAAAGCUAUUGCUUCUGAGAUAUGUGAUGCUGAGAAUGCAAUUGAUGACAGUGAUUCUGAGCAAAUCAAAGCUAUUGCUUCUGCUUUUCAAUAUGAAGCUGAACCGUACGGUGUUGGUAUAGACUCUUACUACAAUGAAAGUAUUGGCCAAGUUAUGGCUGACUUCUCUGUUGAGGAGGGCAUUAUCAAAAGUGAUACUCUAAUAAGUGAUGCUGAGCUUGAUGAAUUCUUGUAUGGACAAAGUCAUCAGUCUAAUUUGUCUUUAGACAAUGACAGUAACUUGAUGGAAGCUGAUGCAGAACAAAUGCAUGUAACAAAUGUGAACCUAGAUUUUACAGAGAUCACUGAAGAACAUACCCAGACAAAACCAGAAGAUAUAACUAGCAUUAAUAGUAAUCUUGAAGUAUCUCUUACUGCCAAUAAAUUGGAAUCUCCAACAGAAGGGAUUCAUACCCAGACUGAGAAUGGUAGUGAGGCACUAGUUUUGAAGUUUCACAACGAAGGUGCAAGACCAAAGCAGUUGUUUGGCCUUCCACAAGGAGCUGCUGGUCAGAGACAACUGAAUCAAACAGAAGUACCUGCGAGAGAAAACCAGGAAGUGAAUUCUGUUACCCCAGAAGUUCCCCUCUCAAUCACCAGCAUUAAUUUUGAUAAAAAUUCUGAACCUGCUGUGGAAAGUAGGACUGAAACUGGAGGAAGUCAAACAUCUGAAAGUGCAGAACCAGUUAAAACACUUGCAGCUCUUUCACAGAAACAACCACUGUGGGUCCCUGAUUCAGAGGCACCCAACUGCAUGAACUGUCAAGUGAAGUUCACAUUUACAAAAAGACGACACCAUUGCCGUGCAUGUGGAAAAGUUUUUUGUGGUGCUUGUUGCAAACGAAAGUGCAAACUACAGUACAUGGAUAAGGAAGCAAGAGUCUGUACUGGCUGUUACGAAGAUAUUAAUAAAGCACAGGCAUUUGAAAGGAUGAUGAGUCCAACUGGUCCUCUUCCUAAAUCCAGUGUUUCCUCUGAGUAUUCUGCUGCACCUUUGCAGGAAGCCCAGAUACCUGGUAGUGCUAGCACUCCCUCAUCCUCUGCAUUGUCACCUAUUUCAGUGCUUAAACAACCUGGCAUUGAAGGGCUGUGUCCCAAAGAACAGAGGAGAGUUUGGUUUGCAGAUGGUAUUUUGCCAACUGGAGAAGUGGCAGAUACAACAAAACUUUCAUCUGGAGCAAAGAGGUCAUCACAGGACCUAAGUCCAGUAAACCCUGACUUGCCAGAGAUGCACAUGGCUGCAAACCCAGAGGAAGAUGACAUACUAACUGAUGUAAAUUCAAAACCAAAAGAAGAAAUGAAUGUUAUUACAAGAAUGGAGAGACUAUGUCUUUCUGUUCCUUCAGAACAGGAUGCGCAGCAGGCUGUUAGCAGCCAGAGUGAGAUGAUGCAUAUUUAUAGAACUGUAACUCCAGGAACUAAAGAAAGUUCUGCUACAGAAGAUGAAAAAACUAGCUCCAGUUCAGCUGAUGGGCCUAAAAGGGAUAUGCCUGUUAGUCCUUCAAGUUACAGAGCACUUUGUGGUGUUGAGAACUGUGUCUGUAGAGAAAUCAGCCUUGUUCCUGAUGGUGACAAACUCCCACCACUUUUACUUGCAGUGGGUGAAAAAGGAAAAGAUCCUCUAGUGGAAGAACAUCCAUCUCACCAACAGGUCACCUUGCUUCUUGCGGAAGGAGGUCCCAAUCCAUUAACAUUUAUCCUAAAUGCAAACUUGCUGGUGAAUGUCAAGUUAAUAUCUUAUUCUUCAGAAAAAUGCUGGUACUUCUCAACAAAUGGACUACAUGGUUUGGGUCAGGCAGAAAUCAUCAUUCUGUUGCAGUGUUUGCCAGAUGAGGAGACUUUUCCUAAUGAGAUACUCAAAUUAUUUAUUAACAUCUAUAAGGAUGCAGUGAAAGGAAUAUUAAUAAGAAACAUGGAAAACAUUACGUUUACUGAAAACUUUCUUAAUAACAAAGAUCAUGGAGGAUUCCUGUUUGUUUCACCAACUUUUCAGAAACUUGAUGAUUUAAUUCUACCAGAUAACCCUUUUCUUUGUGGCAUUCUAAUCCAUAAACUGGAAAUACCCUGGGCAAAAGUUUUUCCAAUCCGUUUGGCGUUGAGAUUGGGAGCAGAAUAUGGGGCAUAUCCAACUCCUCUAGUAAGUUUCAGACACCGAAAGCCACUCUUUGGAGAAAUAGGACACACAGUAAUGAAUCUACUUGUUGAUCUUAGAAACUAUCAAUAUACUUUGCAUACUAUAGACAACCUAUUUGUUCAUGUGGAAAUGGGUAGAAGCUGUAUUAAAAUACCCUUAAGGAAAUACAAUGAGGUGAUGAAGGUAGUAAAUUCUUCUAAUGACCAUGUAAUUAGUAUUGGAGCCAGUUUCAAUACUGAAGCAGAUUCUCACUUAGUGUGUGUGCAAAAUAAGCAUGGCCUCUACCAUACACAAGCAAACAGUGCUACUGAACAUCCUAGGAAAGUUACAGGUGCAAGUUUUGUUGUGUUUAACGGAGCCUUAAAGACAUCUUCAGGAUUUCUAGCUAAAUCCAGUAUAGUUGAAGAUGGACUAAUGGUACAAAUAACACCAGAAACGAUGGGAAGCCUACGCCAGGCAUUAAGAAACAAGAAGGACUUUAAAAUAACUUGUGGCAAAGUGGAUGCAGAAGGCCUAAAUGAAUAUGUAGAUAUUUGCUGGGUAGAAAAUGAAGAAAAAAAAAACAAAGGAAUUCUAAGUCCAGUAGACGGAAAAUCAAUGGAAGGAACUCAGAGUGAAAAAGUACCACACAGCAGAGACUUUGAAAGAGAAGGAAAAGUUUUGAAGUGUACUGAAGUGUACUAUUUUCUAAAGGACUAUGAACUAUCCAGUCCUGUUCCUCUUCAGUUUGCUAAAGAGAUUGCGAUUGCCUGCAGUACUGCUCUUUGCCCACACCUUAAAACCUUGAAAAAUAAUGGGAUGAAUAAGAUCGGCCUAAGAGUUUCUGUUGACUCAGAUAUGGUUGAGUACUUGGCAGGAUCUGGAGGUCGACUUCUUCCACAGUACUAUCUGAAUGAAUUGGACAGCACUCUGAUUCCUGUGAUCCAUGGUGGGAUGUCAGAUCCUACAAGUUUACCGUUAAAAAUGGAAUUAGUAUUUUUCCUUAUAGAACAUCUAUUCUGAUGAGGCCAGUCACUGGCAAGAUACUGAUUUGCUAGCCCUGAAUACCAAAGUUGCAAUGUGUCAAACACUAAAAAUGAUAAAAGUUUUUAAGACUGGUUUUGUUUAAUGGAUUUGCAUUAAUGGAUUUUUAAACUGCUAAAAAAAAAAAAAAAAAAGCACCAACCCUCUUAACUCUUGCUGCUUUCUUUAUGACAUAAGAAUUGUAGUUUGUAAUGUUUCCUAAAGUUCUGAAAUUUUAUACUUAAUACAGUUGAUGAAGAGGGCAGUCUUUGUUACCUCUUUACACAAUUGUAGAGUUUACUUUGUGUAGUGUAAUUUUAAGCCAUACUAUCUUGCCUCUUAACGUCAGAUAAGUAUUAGAGAAAUUGCUGUGGUUAGGUCUAAUCUCAAUCUGAAGCAUGUGCUUUCCAUGUGCAUAUGAGAUAAAUACUGAAAUAUACUUACCUGGCACAAAACUGUUUUCUUGCCGUUUGAGAUUCAAAUAUGAGAUCUGUAGCUGACUGCAAGCGUCAUGUGUCAGUGCAAAUAUAAGUGCACACUUUUUGACACUUGUCUAUGAUCAGCACAAGGAAGAAUUUUACAGGUAUGUUUAUGAAGACUUUAGUUGAAGUCCUGAAUUACUAGGAUAUUAUGCUAGUGCUUCAGGAACAUAAGCUUCUGAAUUUCUUUUUAUAGAAAACUGAUUUCAUUCUUGUAUUUAUAAGGAUUUAUCGAACUUAAAUGGAUGCUAUUUUUAUAAACACUGCUACUUUUUUUCUUUUACUCUGUGUUCAGAAGUCCUGAUGCAAUUUGACCUUUCAAGGAUUAAUAAAAAGCCAGAUUACCUUUACAGUAAUCUACAUGUAGCAAUAAGAAAGACAAGGGUUCUGCAAUACCUAUUCUGCUUCCAUCUACUGCUUUUGUCACCUCUUGGUAGCCACCUUUAUUUUCAGGGACAAUAAAUGUAUUAAGUGUGAAUUUCCAUUAACAGAUUGCUUUAGUAUACCUGUGGUUCUUGUACAGUAUGUAUUUUUGAUAUUGGGUCAUUAAAAUCUAUUUAUGUACUUGUGCUGCAUGUGAUUUGUACCAAGGUUCAGUGAACCAAGGUUUGAUAACUGUCACAAGUGUUUACCAAGAACAGAACCAACAAAAUCUGUCCAAGGUCUAUAUAGUUUUGAGUAAAAAUGUUGGUACAGUUUUAUGAGACUAUUAGAACUUUGAUGCUUUCUUGAUGCUCAUAGGGGAUAUUUCAUGUUUUUGUAUCAAAAACAAUUUGUACCUUAACCUAAUCAGCUCUGCUGUUAUCCAUGCUUUAAAACACAAGUUUUUGGAAGGUUUCAGGCUUCAUCAAGAUCUUGCUGUGGAGGGUACUGGGGCUACCUUUGAGCUAAGUCUUCAGAGAAGCUAAUUCUGGAGAGGAGCUGAAGACCACAGGAGAAGCAGUUGCAUCCAAACAAGCCACAACUGGACAGUAGAGGAAACAACUGUGAGAAAAGUUAACUGAAGCUUACCUUCUAUUUAAAUAAAUACAAACGUGUUA